GAAUCUUCGACCUGAGCAGACGCGAGCUCAGCUUUUUACAUUAAACUGUACAAAUUUGGCAGUCGCGAGUCUCGUGAAUCCCCCUCCCACCUCUGGCAUUGAUCGCGCGAUCGUGAUCGUGGUUUUGUUUUUUCGAGCAGUUUCGCGAACGUCGGCAGUCAAGGGUUGGCGCGAGUUUCAUACGUCUUCUGGCCGUUCUCCAGAUCAGGUGGAUAUCUUCUCGUGGUGCGCGCGUUUCAACUCCAGUCAGAAACUACCUUGGGAGCAGCAGCAGCAGCAGCCUUGUCUUGUGCGCGUAAAGCCAGCUCAAUAAGCCAAGGGCUACAGCGCAAUUGCCAUAUAGCCAAGAACCGCGAGGCAGUUUAACGAGCUUGGUUUGAUAGAGUUUGCUCUCACUCUUCACGUGAAAUGGAUGUCGACCUGCACGAUGGGAAGGAUCGCAUCGGUCCUAUGUUCCGAGAUCGUCACGUCCUGAUAACUGGUGGUACUGGAUUCAUGGGAAAGGCGUUGAUCGAGAAAUUGAUGAGAUGUACUGAAAUAGGCAAAAUUUAUCUACUGAUCCGUAUUAAGAAAGGAAAAUCACCAAAGCAACGCUUAGAAGAUAUUUUUGCAAAUCCGAUUUUUGGAAAACUAAUCGAGCUCCGCGGUCUCGACACAUUGCUGGCACAAUGCGUGGUGAUUGGCGGCGACGUAACCGAGCUAGGACUAGGCAUUUCGGCCGAGGACCGGAAGCUAGUCACCGACAAUGUGUCCAUCAUAUAUCACUGUGCCGCAACCAUUCGGUUUGACGAGCUGCUCAAGAAAGCGGUUAUGCUCAACACCCGUGGUACCAAGCUGAUGCUGGAUCUGGCGAAAGAAUGCAAAAAGUUGGAUAUGUUUGGUUACGUUUCGACUUCAUACUGCCAUCUGAACGAAAAGUUACUUCUCGAAAAGCCCUAUCCACCUCCAGCAGACCCGCAUAAGGUGAUAAAGGCCAUAGAAUGGUUGGAAGACGACGUUGUCGAUGGAAUUACUAGCAAGAUUCUUGGUUCAUGCCCCAACACCUACGCCUAUACUAAAGCACUCGGCGAAGCUCUGGUAAUUGAAGCAAUGAAAGAUAUCCCAGCGGUAGUUUUCCGCCCAUCCAUUGUGGUACCCACCUGGCGUGAACCGAUCUCCGGAUGGACAGACAACAUUAACGGUCCCGUGGGGCUGCUCAUCGGGGCCGGGAAGGGCGUCAUCCGUUCUAUGUAUUGUGACGCUUCCGGAUACGGCGAUUACCUGCCGGUUGACUUUGGAGUCAGCGCCAUCUGCGUUUGCACGUGGAACUACGUGGGCCAAAAGGAUUACGCGAGGAACAUUUAUCAUUUAGUGAGCUCCGCUGAGAUUAGAGUUUCAUGGGAGGGAGUUGCGGAGCUGGGUAAGUCCAUCACGCACAAUAAGGUGCCCUUGAACGGCGUCGCGUGGUAUCCCGGUGGAACGAUUAAAAAGUACAGAUGGCAACACAAUCUGGCGGCAUUCUUCUACCAUUGGAUUCCGGCGGUGCUGAUCGACUGUUUGCUCUAUGUUCUUGGAUACAAGCCUAUACUUUGCCGCGUGCAUCGGAGAAUUGCCAAGGGAUUUGAGGUGCUUGAAUACUACGCCAAUAACCAGUGGGACUUUGACAAUGCUGCCAUUUUGUACCUUCGAACCAAAAUGAACGCGGAGGAGAAGGUUAAAUUUAAAAUUGAUGCUGCAGGUGUCGUUAUAAACGAAUACUUCGAGAAUUGCAUAUGGGGAGCAAGAAGAUUCAUUCUGAAUGAAAGUGACGAUACCUUACCUGCAGCCAAGCGGCACAUGAAAGUCAUGUGGUUUGUCAACAUAGUUACAACAAUACUUUUCUACGGUGCAAUCCUUUACUAUCUCGGGCUUUGGAUAUACAACCGUGUGUUUGCCAGCGUCUUCUGAAAAAGGACAACAGAAUGUAUAUUGUAGCUUAUUUUACUCUAAGACAAUAUUUUUGUUGAUAUAAUAGUUUUAGGUAUUUUUGUAAAAGUUUACUACUUUAUGAAAGCACUUUUUGGAUUGAUAAUUUUUGGGUUGGUUUCAAUGCCAAUCGGGAUGUGUUGUGUUUAUACAAAUUGAAAUAAAGAGUUGAAAUAUUAA